GUUUCUUCGAAUUAUUAGACCACUUCGUGCGCGAGUGCGAUGUUUGAAAUUUCUCGACGUUUCGAUGUAAAUCAUGCACUAAGCUGUUUGUAUACAAAUCGAGAUGAACUUUUCAGAACUGUUUAAGCAGACAAAUCAGCUGAGCAGAUUUUCACCAAAUGGCAAAUACUUGGGUAGUUGUGUCCAGUAUCGAUUGCUUGUCAGAGAUGUCAAAACCCUCCAGAUUCUCCAACUCUACACUUGUUUAGAUGUUGUACAACAUGUAGAGUGGUCUUCUGAUUCCCUGUACAUACUUUGUGGCAUGUUAAAGAGAGGAAUAGUUCAAGUGUGGUCUUUAGAGAAACCAGACUGGACUUGUAAGAUUGAUGAGGGAUUAGCAGGAUUGACUGCCGUUAGAUGGAGUCCUGAUGGAAGACACAUUCUGUCCACCGCAGAUUUUCAGCUGAGAAUUUCUGUCUGGUCUCUGGUUAGCAAAUCUGUCAGUUACAUCAAGUAUCCAAAGCAUGCACAUGCAGGGCUUGACUUUACUAAAGAUGGUAAAUAUAUGGCAUUAGCUGAAAGAAGAAACUGCAAAGAUUGUAUAAGUAUAUUUGCUUGCUCUUCAUGGCAGCUAGUGAAGCAUUUUGAGGUGGAAACAAAUGAUUUGGCUGACUUGGCUUGGUCGCCUGAUGGUAGAGUUCUUUGCAUAUGGGACUCUCUCUUAAGAUAUGAAUUAUUGGUUUAUUCAAUGGAUGGGCGUUGCCUAUCAAAAUACAGUGCAUACGAGUUUGCUCUGGGAAUCAAGUCUGUAUGCUGGUCUCCAUCCAGUCAGUUUCUAGCAAUUGGCAGCUUUGAUGAGAAGUGUCGCGUGCUGAACCACGUCACGUGGAAAAUUGUCGCAGAACACAACCAUAGUCACACGGUGGAUUCUCCGUCAGUGAUUGUUUACAGAGAAGUGGAGCUGAAGCCACCUUUGCUAAAAGGAGAGAUCAUGCCGCCUGGCGGGUUUACGGUGCAGAGUAAAUAUGAGGUUCAGCCAGGCCCAGUCCAGGUUCCGACGCUUAAACCUGACCCAGAAAAGGCAAACCCCAAACUUGGUGUUGGACAUGUGGCCUUUAGUCAAGACAACAGAUAUUUAGCAACUAAGAAUGACAACAUGCCUAAUGCUCUUUGGUUAUGGGAUGUGUCCAAGUUAUGUCUUACAGCAUUGCUACUGCAGACCAGUUCCGUGAGAGCUUUCCAGUGGGAUCCAAAACAACCCCGGCUAGCCGUCUGUACCGGAAAUAACAAGCUGUACAUGUGGUCGCCUGCAGGCUGCGUGUCGGUAGUCGUACCUACAGAAGCCACUUUCCAGAUCACAUCCUUACAGUUUCAUCCUGAUGGCAACAUUCUCCUACUGCUGGGAAAAGAUCACAUGUGCUUGUGUUUUCUGACAGACCCAAGGACAUAAUGGUGAAUUCAAAAGAUAUUCUUAUUAAAUUCGUAAGGCGAAAGCCAGGGUCAUAGAAUUGGCCGAUUGUUUAACGCCAGAUCC